ACGAGGAAGAAAGUUUGGAGUGCAGAGCGGAGUUGGGCCGCCGGAGGAAGGGAACCAGAAGAGAGGGGUUUCCAGUCCAAGUUUGCGCGGCGGCGGCCGCGUCCCGGGGGUGCCUGCCCCGCUUCGCGCUGCAGCAGCCGGAAUCGAGCCCUCCCGGCGGACUGGAACUCUCGGUCCGGGUUCCAGGCGGGCGCUAGAGGCUCGACCAGAGGCCGGGAAGGAACUUCUCUUGCAAGCUGUCGCCGAGGGCCCUUAUUGUCUGCAGGAACUCUCCGGAAUCGGGAGGUGGAGGACUGGAUCGCUCUUCCACUGGGAUUCGUCAAGAGUUCCGGCGGCAGCUGCGGCGGUUGCGGAGUCUCCCUUUGUCCUCCUAGGACCUCCCUCCUUCCCGGUCUCCCUCCUUCUGUCAGUUAGUAGGUCCUGCUGACCCAGGCGCCGGCGCCCUAGCUGCUCGCAAUCCCCCACCCCAGGGUGCGUCCCUGGUAACUCCUACCACCCUAGCGUCGCCACCGAGUCGAGCAGAGGGGGCUGCGAGCAGGAGGGAGUCGCAGACCCCUGGCCGCAGGAUGGUGGCGGGGCUCUCCCCGGCGCGCAGUCCCGGGAGCUGGCUGGUCCCCGGGCUGUGGCUGUUAGCUCUCAGCGGUCCUGGGGGGCUGGUGAGCGCCCAGGAGCAGCCCUCCUGCCGUGGAGCCUUUGAUCUCUACUUCGUCCUGGACAAGUCUGGGAGUGUGGCAAAUAACUGGAUUGAAAUUUACAAUUUUGUCCAGCAACUUACAGAGAGAUUUGUGAGCCCUCAAAUGAGAUUAUCUUUCAUUGUGUUUUCUUCUCAAGCAACCAUUAUUUUGCCAUUAACUGGAGACAGAGGCAAAAUCAGUGAAGGCUUGGACAAUUUAAAACGUGUUAGUCCCGUAGGAGAGACAUACAUCCAUGAAGGACUAAAGCUAGCAAAUGAACAAAUUGAGAAAGCAGGAGGCUUAAAAACCUCCAGUAUCAUAAUUGCUCUGACAGAUGGGAAGCUGGAUGGUCUGGUGCCAUCAUAUGCAGAGAAAGAGGCAAAAAUAUCCAGGUCCCUUGGGGCUAGAGUUUAUUGUGUUGGUGUCCUUGACUUUGAACAAGCUCAACUCGAAAGAAUUGCUGAUUCUAAGGAACAAGUUUUCCCUGUCAAAGGUGGAUUUCAAGCUCUUAAAGGAAUAAUUAAUUCUAUACUAGCUCAGUCGUGCACUGAAAUCCUGGAAUUACGGCCCUCAAGCGUCUGUGUGGGGGAGGAAUUUCAAAUAGUUUUGAAUGGAAGAGGAUUCAACUUGGGCAGUCGGAAUGGCCGUGUUCUCUGUACUUACACUGUUAAUGAAACAUACACAAAGAGUGUAAUGCCAGUGAGUGUGGAAAGUAAUUCUAUGCUUUGUCCUGCACCUACCCUGAAUGAAGUUGGACAAACUCUUGAUGUUUCAGUGAGCUUUAAUGGAGGAAAUUCUGUCAUCUCGGGCUCACUAACAGUCACAGCCACAGAAUGUUCUAGUGGGAUUGCAGCCAUCAUUGCUAUUUUGGUGUUACUACUACUCUUGGGCAUCGGUUUGAUGUGGUGGUUUUGGCCCCUUUGCUGCAAAGUGGUUAUCAAGGAUCCUCCUCCACCACCACCCUCUGCACCAAAAGAGGAGGAAGAAGAACCUCUGCCUACCAAGAAAUGGCCAACCGUGGAUGCUUCUUAUUAUGGUGGUCGAGGGGUUGGAGGAAUUAAAAGAAUGGAGGUUCGUUGGGGUGAUAAAGGAUCUACGGAGGAAGGUGCAAGGCUAGAGAAAGCCAAAAAUGCUGUGGUGACCAUUCCUGAAGAACCAGAGGAGCUCCUUAGGCCCAGACCACCUCGACCCAAACCCACACUCCAGCCUCCUCAGACAAAGUGGUACACACCAAUUAAGGGUCGGCUGGAUGCGCUCUGGGCUUUGUUGCGGAGGCAGUAUGACCGGGUGUCCUUGAUGCGACCUCAGGAAGGAGAUGAGGGCCGGUGCAUAAACUUCUCUCGAGUUCCCUCUCAGUAAAAGGAAAGCAGGGAGACCAAGAGGUAUGAAGAUGGUACAUCUUCACGAUGCAGAUUUCCAACCAAAAGAAAACAAAGUGCAUUUCAGAAGUUUUUGGAAGAGCAGCUUUAUUCCUCUCAGUCAGGAAAUGUUUUCUCUGCCUUCUGCUUUGCUUGCAUCAAACAUUUUCAAACUCUUGUUCUGCCAUCUACAUGGGAAUUGAUGAAACUCAAUGGUAACACAUGAUUCAGGACAUUAAAAAUAAAAAGGAACUUUAAUGUACAUGCUGUGGUUUAUACAAGAAAGUUUUUUUGAAUGUGUAAAAGAGGAAGAAGCAAAAGCAUGAAGAUGAUAUCAAAAUAGGGAGCACAAAACAAUUGGCCCUGGUGAAUCUUUAAUGGAGAAAGGAGCAUUUUUACAUGGAAACAUGGCGCAUGUGUGUUUACAUGGCAAGAUUCUUAGCCAAAGGCAGAGUAUGAAAUCUCCCACCAGGCUAAGCAAAUAAAGGAAUCUAUUGCCUUAUAGCUGUGUCAGAUCACAAAAUCCUUCCAAGUCCACUACCACGAUGUGCCUUCCGGGAAGCUUCUGACUGGAAAAUCUUGUCAUUCUAACACUGAAAAGUGCACACGUAUGACAAAAUGUAGACAGGAUGCCUCAAGGUAUCAGUAGCAAGCAAGAUUUUGCCCUUUAGUUUUUGAAGGCACCUUUCUUUCAUUAUCACUUGGGAAAAGAAGAAAAUUAAUAGAGCAUUAUUCCACAGGAAGACGGCCUCUAACUAGAGAUCUUCAGUGGAGCUUAAUGGACUCAUGAUUUGAGAACUUGUCCCUGGGAUUGGUAGAUUUACCCCUCUUUCUAUGUUUAGGGCUUAGGAGUACAUAAAGCAGUAAUAUCUGUAAACAUACCUAGGAGUUUGUUUUGCUUUUAAUUGAAAGGAAGCAGUAACCACAAAGCUUCCGCUCAGGGUAUUUUCUUCCUCCAAGUCUCCAAGGGCUCUUCAGCGUCACAAGCCAGCAACUCUCUUUGCAUGAAAAUUUCAAAAUUUAAUUAAUAUAAUUAAAGGCAACAGCAAGCAGCAGCCUGUGAAGAUUUUGCUCAUCCUUUUUAUGCCUUUUGACAUUGAAUGACCUAUUACUGUAUGCGCAUUACUUGGAUUUUGAGGGGCACUCUACCUUGGUUGUGAUUCAGUAGAGAGAAAAAAAAGGCCUCCUCUCAAGUUAUAAAUUAAAUUUUCAGGAGGGUCUACCACCACAAAACAUCGAAAACGUACGUAUUAUAAUUUUUUUAGAAAAACCACCGUGUCACGUCAACGAUGCCAAAUUAUGUUAGCGUGAGUGGAAACACUGUGGGGGAGGAAGAAGGCAGCAGCUAAUGAAAAAAGCUCAAAUGAUCUAGUCACUUUCGAUACUGUACUUCAGAUGCGAAAUGGAUAUUCGACUGGAAACCUGACAAAGCGCGCCUGCUUUGAUGUGAACUGGUAUAGACAAUGACCAGUGGCUGGGUCAGUGGGAUGUCUCUCUGCGAGCACAAAGGCUUAUCAAAUGACACUAAAAAUAAGUUCAACAACCAUCACAUUGGAAGGGAGAAGGCGAACAUUUCAUGUUUGGCGGGCAUGUGAGUGCACAAGAUGGGAAACAGUGAUUCGGAGCAUCCCAGCAUAAUUACCCCCAUUGCGCGCUUAAUGGAAAUUUCAAAGGAUGGGAGUGAUUCUGACGGUUGGUGUCCAGAUUUGUUGCACUGCUCCAAUAAGCCUUGCUCACACACACAAAUUUUUAUACAUAGAUAUAUAUAUACAUAUAUAUCCUCUAGCUUGAAUCUUUUGCUCAAGUUUAUUUAUGUCACUGGCUGGCUGGAUCCAAAGUCAUGUGUCUACAUAUUCAUAAAUAAAAUUUUACCUGUG